AAAUGGUGGAAAUGGUGGAAAUGGUGGAAAUGGUGGAAUGACGACGUCGCUGUCGCCGAGCAUUCAGCCGAUGGUGUCGGUGCUGAACAUGUCGCCAACGAUGUGGGGAUCGAUGAGCGAAGUGGAGGUGCUGGAGGACUUGUCGAUGCAAAUCGCAGGGCUGAUCGAAUCGCAGGUCUUUCAGAGAGCGAGCUUGGUGUGCGUGGAUAUUAUCUUGAAGUUUAUGAGUCGAAGCUUGCUAACGAAAUAUCAACAGUUUGGCAUAUCCUUUAGAAUUGAAUGAAUGAAUUGAAUGAAUUGAAUGAAUGAAUUGAAUGAAUUGAAUGAAUUGAAUGAAUUGAAUGAAUUGAAUGAAUUGAAUGAAUUGAAUUGAAUGAAUUGAAUGAAUUGAAUGAAUUGAAUGAAUUGAAUGAAUUGAAUGAAUUGAAUGAAUGAAUUGAAUGAAUGAAUUGAAUGAAUUGAAUGAAUUGAAUGAAUUGAAUGAAUUGAAUGAAUUGAAUGAAUUGAAUGAAUUGAAUGAAUUGAAUGAAUUGAAUGUUUGUUGUGUGUUUUUAUUCAUGCAUGAGUUGCCAAUCGAAUCAAAUGAUCAUUCAUUCAUCCAUUGCACCAUUCCGAAUUGGUUUCUUUUAUCCACUCCACCGAGGACGCAGUCGAUUACCUCAUCGUCAAUCUCCACAACCAGAGCAAUUCCCUCUGCGCCUCCCCUACCAGCAUCGUCGACUACAUGAAUUGCUCCUGCCUCGUCCACCAGCAACUCAGUCUCCGCUACACCAUCGUUUCUCCAUUUCUCCUUUUCCAUCCAGACCUACCACUGUCGCUGCAAUUCCUCCACGUCGCCCCUCAAAAGCACCUUCUGGCUCAACAUUCCGGGUGCCACUUACCUCGCCAGCGUUCGCCAGCGUUCGCCAGCGCCUCGCUUCGCUCCCCAUGCAGCCCUCCGCGGCCGCGCAGCGCUCCGUUCGCGAGCUCUGCGUGCGCCAGUGCUUCACGCAGUGCCUGCGCCGCAUGCUGCUCCCCUACGAUCGCGACUGUCCCGACUGCCAGCAGCGGCGCGUGGCGUCGCUCACGCUGGAAAUGCCGCCUCCGAAGGUGCUGCUGAUCCGCUAUUCGUGGUCGAUUAGCUUCCCUGCGAAGGAGAAAGACCUGACGUUCUGCGGAGUGCCGGAGAUGCUGCAAUUGAGCGAUCUGUGCGCCACGGUGAGGGGAGAGUAUCACUUGAAAUCGGUGCUGGUGAGGAGUAAAGAGUUCGGGGAAGCGAUGAUUUGCUGGAAUACGCAGCUGAAGUGCUAUACGCUGUAUUCGCUUACGUGGUCCGUGAGGCUGGAUACCUUCGAGUAUUUGAACUCGUAUUGCUCGCAAUCGCUGUACCAGCCGCUGCUGUUGCUGUAUGAUUUGAAAGAAGUGGAGUGA